AUGGCACAGGCUCAACCGCAGCUGAGCCACAAGGACGGUGCCUUGUUCCGUCAGGUUGUCCGGCACUUUGAAAACAAGCAAUACAAAAAGGGUCUCAAAGCCGCCGAACAGAUCCUGCGGAAAACGCCCAACCAUGCCGACACGCAGGCCAUGAAGGCCCUGAUUAUCAGUCACCAAGGCCACACCGAAGAAGCCUUCGCCUUGGCCAAGACGGCCCUCAACAACAAUAUGAAGUCCCACGUCUGCUGGCACGUCUACGGCUUGCUUUACCGCGCCGAAAAGAAUUACGAAGAGUCCAUCAAAGCAUACAAGUUCGCGUUGCGGCUAGAGCCCGAAUCGGCACCGAUACAGAGGGACCUGGCCCAUUUGCAGAUCCAAAUGCGAGAUUACGAAGGCUACAUCCAAAGUCGGAGAAAUAUGCUGCAGCAGAAGCCGGGGUUCAGGCAGAAUUGGACCGCGCUUGCCAUCGCGCAACACCUUGCCGGCAACUAUGAGGAUGCCGAGACCACCCUUACCACCUACGAAGAGACGCUCAAGGCGAAACCCGACAGGCUCGACAUGGAGCAUUGGGAGGCCAUCCUCUAUAAGAAUUACAUCAUCGCAGAAUCGGGCGCGGUCGAGAAGGCGCUGGACCACCUGGAGGCCGUAGGCAAGAAAGCCAGGGACGUGUUGGCCGUCAUGGAAAUGAGGGCAGACUACUUAGCCAGGCUGGGCCGAAAAUCCGAGGCCGAGGCUGCCUACGCCGAAUUACUGCAUCGCAACCCCGACGAUUCAGCUUACUACGAUGGCUGGAUAUCUAACAAGGGACUCAAAGACGGCCCAGCCUUGGAGAUCAAGAAGGCCUACGAUGAGCUGGCGGAGAAGUUUCCCAGAGCAGAUCUACCGAGGCGAAGACCGUUGGAUGUCCUUUCAGGGGAUGACUUCAGACAAGCGGCUGACCAAUAUUUGCAACGCAUGCUCCGGAAAGGAGUGCCCUCAACGUUCGCCAACAUCAAACACCUGUACACAGAUGCUUCAAAACGAGAUAUCGUCCAAGAUCUAGUGCAAGGAUACGCAUCUGAACUCCCGUCCCAUCCACAAUCCAACGGUACCGAUCCGACCGGCGCCAGUAAGAACGAAUCCUCACACUUCGACUCCUCGGUCCUCUACUUCCUUGCUCAGCAUUACAACUACAAACUCAGCCGCGACCUCGACAAAGCGCUAGAGUGUGCCGACAAAUGUAUAUCCCUCGACCCCAAGUCCGUCGACUUCCACGCCGUCAAAGCCCGCACGUACAAGCACAAGGGAGAGCUCGCCAAAGCCGCCGAACUCAUGGAGCAAGCCCGCUCGCUGGACGAGAGGGACCGUGCCAUCAACAGCAAAUGUGCAAAGUAUCAGCUCCGAAGCGACCAGAAUGACAAGGCUCUCGAAACGGCCAGCAAAUUCACCCAAAAUCGCACUGGCGGGCCGUUGGGCGAUUUGGUAGAUAUGCAGUGUGUCUGGUACCUCGUUGAAGACGGACAGUCGUACCUGCGGCAGCGGAGACUUGGACUCGCGUUGAAGCGAUUUCACCAAGUAUUCAGCAUCUUUGACAUAUGGCAGGAAGAUCAAUUCGACUUCCACAACUUCUCUCUCAGAAAAGGUAUGAUCCGGGCAUAUGUCGAUAUGCUGAGAUGGGAGGAUCGACUGAGGGAGCAUCCCUUCUUCUCGGCGAUGGCGAUUUCCGCAGUGAAGGCUUACCUUUUGCUCUUCGACAACCCUGACCUGGUACACGGACCGAUCAUGGACGGUGCCAACGGGACAAGCAAGUCCGGGGAGAUGACGGCCGCAGACCGCAAAAAGGCCCUCAAAAAGGCCAAACGCGAUCAAGAGAAGCUGGAGAAAGCGGAGGCGGAGAAGAAAGCCGCGCUCAAGGCUUCGAAACCCACGCCGAAAGCUGAAGAGGGGGAGAACAAAAAGGAGGAUCCGGACCCGUUUGGUAAGACCUUGUUGGAGACGAAGGAGCCGCUCAAAGAGGCCAUGAAGUUCUUGGGCCCGCUUCUGGAGUUUUGCCCGGAGAACAGCGAGGCACAGGAACUCGGGUUCGAAACAUACCUCCGGCGCAAGAAAUACCUGCUCGCGGUGAAAUGCCUGCUCAAGCUGAAGGCGCUGGGAGUGGAGCCCUCGAAGACCCAAGAAUUGGGCAAGAGGCUGAAGAGAGCGAUCGAGGGGGACAAAGAAGUCCCGGACAAGGUGAGAGAGAUUGUCAAGGCCGAGGCCGGCGAGUUGGCGCAAUGA